CCUUUUCAGUGGCCUGGCUCUUGAGCACGUUCUGGCUGUCUCUUAGCCUUGGCACCUGUUGGAGAGUGUGUCCCAGAACUGUCGUCUCUGAUUGUGUCUUGGUCAGGGAGGGCCAUGAUUUCCCUGCCUGGUGCCCCUGCGACCAACUUGCUGUUUUUGUUCCUGGGAAUGAGUACUCUUGCGUUCCUCUCCAGGGCCCAGCUGCAGCUGCACGUGCCCGCCGGCCUCACCAAGCUGGAGGCGGUAGAGGGAGCAGAAGUGGUGCUCCCGGCCUGGUACACCAUGCCAGGGGAGGUUCCUUCUGCCCAGCCAUGGGAGGUGCCCAUCGUGUUGUGGUUCUUGGAACAAGAAGGCAAGGAUCUAAAACAGGUGUUGUCUUACAUCAAUGGAGCUUUGUCAAGUAAACCUGGAGUAUCCCUGGUGUACUCCAUGCCUUCCCGGAAUGUGUCUCUGAGAUUGCAGGGUCUACAGGAGAAAGACUCUGGCUCCUACCGCUGUUCCGUGAAUGUACAAGACAGUCAAGGCACAGAUAGGGGCCACAGCAGCAAAACUAUCCAACUCAAUGUGCUGGUUCCUCCAGCUCCUCCAUCCUGCAGUCUCCGGGGUAUACCCCAUGUGGGGACCAAUGUGACUCUGAGCUGCCAGUCCCCAAGGAGUAAACCUGCUGCGCAAUACCAGUGGGAGCGGCUGUCCCCAUCCUCCCAGGUUUUCUUUGCACCAGCUUUAGAUGCCAUCCAUGGGUAUUUAAGCCUCACCAAUCUUUCCACUUCCAUGUCUGGAGUCUAUAUCUGCAAGGCCCACAAUAUGGUGGGCAGUGCCCAGUGCAAUGUGACCCUGGAAGUGAGCACAGGGCCUGCAGCUGCAGUGGUUGCUGGAGCUGUUGUGGGCACUCUGGUUGGAUUGGUGCUGCUAGCUGGGCUGGUCCUCUUGUACCAACGCCGGAGCAAGGCUCUAGAGGAGCUGGCCAAUGACAUCAAGGAGGAUGCAGCUGCUCCCCGGAACCUGACUUGGCCCAAGGGCUCCGACACAAUCUCCAAGAAUGGGACUCUUUCCUCUGUCACCUCAGUAAGAGCCCUCCGCUCAUCCCAUGCUCCUUCCAGGCCUGGUGCAUUGACCCCCACUCCCAGUGUCUCCAGCCAGGCCCUGUCCUCACCAAGACUGCUCAGGACAGAUGGAACCCACCCUCAGCCAGUAUCUCUCAGCCCUGGGAGGGUUUCUUCAUCUGCCCUGAGUCGCAUGGGUGCUUUACCCGUGAUGGUGCCUGCCCAGAAUCAGGCUGGGUCUCUUGUGUGAUGGUCCAAGCAGUCAUUGGCUAAACCGUUUGGUGUUUCUCCUUCCAUAAGAGGCCUGAGUCUUGAGAGGGUAGCCAUAUUCCAGACCGCCAGUCUUCUGCCCAUACAUCUCCUUACUGUGGGAACACCAGGUCUCAGUAAGACCCAAAUGUCCAGGAGGUGAAAGUAGAAAAAGAAGGGUAUUUGGGAUUGGCUCCCCUCACUUCUCCCUAUGAAGCCAGCUGAAUGCUGCUGAGACUGGCUACCCUCCAAGUGCCCUGGAGGAAACUGACAGUCAGCAAGCCCUUGGCCCCUGUGAUCUGUACCCCACUCUUCCUUAAUGCCAUCCUUUAUUGCCAUUCCAGCUCCCUGUAUUAAUAUCUCCUGUCCUGCUGACUUAGUUGGGUUUUGUUGGGACAGGGGAUAGGGAAGAUAUUUUAAAAACUAACUUGAAAUAUGUGUUUUUGUUUUUACUUUGCAAAUUUCAAUAAAGACACAUUUAUUUGUAUGGAAUAAGAAUCAAAUUGCCUUUUCCAAUUGGGAAUUCCCAGAAGUUGAGCUUCAGGAGGAUGGAAAGUAGAUCUCACUCAGGUUCUGUACUCCAGAGGCUUCACACAGCCUCAGAACUUACUGGCUCAGCAUAGCCCUUUUAAAGUCUUUAGAAGGAUUGUUGUUUGUUUUUGUUGUUGGUUUACUUUGUUUAUUUUUUGGUGGUAGUGGGGUUUGAACUCAGAGCCUCCUGCUUGCAAAGCAGGGGAUCUACCACUUGAGUCACAGCCCUAUCCCUAGAAAGGUCAUUUGCCGUCAUGUGGAAAGGGGAGGUGCUAAGACCCUGACACUGAGAACAUCCUAACCCAUUCUGAGCAGCAAGGGGUUUCUGCUGAAGCCUUGGUGCCCAGGCUUGGGUGUGCAUGCACUCCACUGCUGCUUCUUCUCCAGAGCAGAGGAGAGGAACCUCACUUGUGCUCCCUUUCCUAUGCCACUGAAUCCUAAACAAACACACCAUC